GCAGAACCGUACCGAAAUUCGUCUUGAGUAUGAGCACACCUUGUAUUUUUCCACCAUCGAGUUGAUCCAUAGGUGGUGGUGAUCCACGACUCAUUUGAGUGCAUUUGAGUUUUACGACAAGAGGCGAAAUCCGCAAACGCUACUGACUAGUGAAAGCGAAUGUCAGCGACAUGUGGCUAUGACGUUUAUAAAAUUCCCGAGCGGAAUACAUCACUGUCAUGUAGUACGAUGACGUAUAGACAUCAGAAUCGUUCAGAGUACUUAUUUUUUUUCAACUGUUAUCAUGGGAUCGAGAUUAAGGGAAAAUGUUAAACAACUUUUUGAAUGCUUCUGCGAAGUGGCUGCACCGAUAGGAGAGAAACCAGCUUGGAUACUCCAAAAAUACCCCAACUCCUUUUUAGAUGAAGAGAUACUUAAAUCUGUCCCCAAAUUUGCAUAUCCUUGCGAAUUUGAAAAUUUGUUGGUACAACAUUUUUCAUUUGUGCUUACUAGUAUAGAUUCGAAAUGGACCUUUGGAUUCUGCCGUCAUGAUCCCAAAACAGAAACGGCUCUAGUAGUUCUAAGUGCGCUUCCAUGGCAUGAAACAUUUUACAAGAUUUUGAAUCAUAUUGCAUCCUUAACUAGCAAUGCUAGCGGAGAAGAUCUCUGGAAGUUUCUUGAGAAUAUAUAUACAUGUGGAGUUCCAGUACCUGGAAACUCUAUAUCUAUCCCUUUACCCAAUUCUGCAGCGAAUUUUAUUUGUCAAAGCCCAAAGCAGUUUCAAUUACCCAGUAUCCCUGAAAAUAGGAAUCUGACUGAAUAUUAUAGUGCUGUAGAUUCGCACAAUAUGAUGAUAGUUUUUGCGUCUAUGUUAUAUGAACGCCGUAUUAUUUUCAUUUCAAAACGUCUGUCGAGGUUGAGUGCGUGUGUACAAGCAUGCAACGCUUUAAUUUAUCCAAUGAUUUGGCAACACAUUUAUAUCCCGGUUUUACCGUUAUCAUUAAUAGAUUAUUUAUUAGCGCCUAUGCCAUUUCUGAUUGGAGUGCCUACUCAAACACUUCAGAAAGUGCCCAAGAAUGAUUUGGGAGAAGUUGUCAUUUUAGAUGCUGAUAAUAACACAAUUGAGUCGCCGUUUGAAGAUUUGGAGUCUUUGCCUCAAGACGUAGUGACAAAUUUGAAGAAAGCAUUGCGUAACAGACCGGCUCUUCUCGGAGAUGGUGUAUCGAGGGCAUUCUUGCGUGCGUUAGUACAGUUAACUGCGGGUUAUAGAGAAGCAUUAACUUUACAGCAGGGCGAACGUAUCACGUUCAAUCAAAAUGCAUUCGUUGAAAGUAGGCCGUCUUCCAUGCAGCCCUUUUUACGGAAAAUGUUGGAACUACAAAUUUUUCAGCAAUUUAUAGAAGAAAGAUUAAACAUGCUUAAUUCAGGACUUGGUUUCUCAGAUGAGUUUGAAAUGGAAGCUUGUAGCUAUUCAGCUAAAUCAAGUAGUAAAUUUAUGCAACAAUACAGAGAAUGGACUUACACAAUGCGAAAAGAAAGUUCCGCAUUUUUUCGUAGUGUAAAAGAUAAGGCCAAUCCAGCAGUAAAAUAUGCUGUGAAAUCAGUAAAAGAUAAAGGCAAAGAUAUGAAAACGGCAUAUAAAGGAUUAAAAUGGAAAGGACGGUCUAAUAGAAAUGAAACUAGUAUGAGAUUUCAUCAACCACGAUCUGCUCCCAGCUCACCUACGUUCGAUAGAAGACCUAUUGGAUUUACAUCCCCGCCAAAAUCUCCAAAUGGAGUGUCAGCAGCAACUAGUUACCGAAAAGAUUUGCGUUUGCGGAAUAGUAAUUUUACUGACACAAGUAGAAAACAAUACUCACCUUUGAGUCCUAGUUCUCCUGAAGAAUCUGACUGUCCAUUGGAACAUAUAAAUAUAGACCUUAUGCAUGAACUUCGAGAUGUGAUAUUUCCAAGUACACCACCUGUGGAUAGAACGUUCUUGACUGUGGCAAAGAAUAUUCAACACAAUUUGAAACCAGUACGCAGUUUAGACAGCUUGAGACCUGCAUGGAGUGGGCACUUACGGCACGGUCCUCUACCUAAUAUCAUUACAAAUUCACAUAAAGUCUCCUCAACAAAGCAAAUUUUAUUUUCCUCUUCUCAUUCUCUUCCUCCCAACAAUUCGAUUAAUCAAUCGUUUGCUUCUAAUUCAACGACUAGAAAGUCAAACAUGGAGAUUGAAACGUUAUCUUUGCCCACAUUGCCCGGAUCUCACAAUCACAGUGCUCAACCAAAUAGAUUUUUACAUGAAUUGCAUGUACAUAACGAUUUUAUGAAAGCAGUUGCUAAUUUGUCAUCAUGUAUUUAUGAAAAAGAUAAAUCUGUGAAAGUGACAUCUGAGGAAAGAUUUUCUUUGAACGAAACAAAAAUCAAUUCAAAUGAUAUUUUUAUACAUUCAAAUUCAAUUUCAAAUACAUGGGACGGCGAGUCUUUCGAUAGACCUUUCAAAACAUCGAAUUUUCUUCAUGAAAUAAAUGAAGAUGACCCUUUUGAUACAAGUAGAGUAUUCAUGCCCACCUAUUUGCAACAAGCUGCACCACUUUUCAAAUCUACAAGUCCUUCGACGCCCACUCAAUUUCAUCCAUUCUCACAUCCACUUAAUGUUACAUCUUGCUCUGCACAGGCUAAGGAUUUUCCUGAUGUCCCAGACUUAAUACGACUAGAUUCAACAAAUAGCAACGACGACUUUGAUCCGCUUUUAUCUAAACCUUCUGAAUUUUCGGGCAUGAAACAGAUGAGUCAAUCGUUACAUUUACCCGAAAUGAGCAAGGGUCUCAGUAAUCCUUUGUACCCUUAUUUUCAACAGCCGUCGCACAAAAACAAUGACAAGCUGAAAACCUCUGACAAUGUAGGCGAUAUGGAUUUAUUACAAGCAUAUGGUAUAGAUUUUAAUAAAUUUAAUUUAUCCAAUGGUGAUAAUUCAUCCGCAAUGAACAUCGCCGCGUGUAAUCGAAGUGACAACAGUAUUAAUGAUACAAUGGACACAUUCAGUUUACCACUGAAUGCACCUGCCAUUAAAUCACAAAAUAAUUGGACAAAAUUUGAGUAAAAAAAAUAUCUAUAUAUAAAAUUAAAAUAUGUAGCGUGUAUAUAUAUGUAUACAUAUAUACAUAAAAACAUAAUACAUAUAUUAUAUGUACAUCAUUGUUUAUAAGUUUCGAAACGCUUGCGAUUUUUUCGCAUCUUAUACAAAAAGUUAAGUAUAAAAGUCUAAAAAAAUUCUUGAAAAAACUAUUAUUAAGCGAAUUAAUUACAUUAUAACAAACAUUUUUGCUCUUUCCGCAAAUUUUUUAACUUUAUAAAAUUAAAAAACAUUAAAAAAAUGUUCACAAGUGAAAUUUUUUUCAUAAGAAGUUUGAUGUUAUCGCAAGAAAUUACUGCGAUUUUUAUUAAUUAUUUUGAAAUUUAGAAAGCCCACUUUAAAAUAAUUUCAUCAAGCCACGACGCAUCAAAGUAAAAAAAUAUUGAAAAAAAAUAUCAAGGUUUAAUUUUAUGUCAUUUAGAAAUAAAAGCCAAAUGAAAAAUAUCUUUUUUUAAUUUAACAAAAAUUUCUUUAAUUUUUUCAUCGAGAUACUUUUUAUGAGAUGCAAGAAAAUUCCAAACAUUUCGAAACUUAUGAAGUAUGCAUAUCGUAUAUUUGCUACAAUCAUGACAUAAGUUGUUUUUUAUAAAAAAUUGUUUAUAAAGAAGAGAAAUUUUGAGAAAAUUCAAUACAUUAAAUAAGGAGCUAACAAUA